AUGAGCUUCUCCCUUGAUUUCAUCAAAGCCCCAUUGUUAAAACGUGUUGGUGCAUAUGCGUACUCUAUUCCUCGUCAUUGCAGGGAAUUUUGUGGUGAUACACACCGCCUCAGUGGCCGGUCCGAUAAUCCGUUAUCUCCUGCUUAUGCUCCUUUCCCGUCUGCCCACCCCACUAACUUUUCAUCGAUCGUAGUCGACGCUAUGAAAGCGGUUGCCGCAAGGCACGCGACCUCCAGAGUACGAGCUCCUUACGCUGCGCAAGCGUGUGACGUUUGUCGUCGAAAGAAGACCAGAUGUAACGGGAUCAGGCCUGUCUGUGGGUCGUGUGAGGCAUCGAAGCGCCAUAAUGAGUGCUCUUGGACCGGCGAGAGUGUCCGCCAUCCACGAACAGAGGCUCAUUUUGAGGCUUUGCGCAAGCGUAUCGACGCACUUGAGGCUUACUGCGAGACCCUCGAGUCCAUGAUUGAUAAAUGCAACAAGGAUCACGGUGGACUAUCGUCUGGCGAUCGCCCUACAUACCUUGAACUUCGACCUUCGCCUGAGUAUCAAGAAGUGGAGAUAGACGAAUCAAGCAAUUCUUCUCAGGAGUUGGUAGCUGCAACAGAGAAUCUCAAGCUCGAGGAUCGUGACCUAGUCAUAUACGGAAACGUCGCACCCUUCCGCUUUGCGCCGGUUCCUUCCCAGCGCACCUCCCGGUUUCCAGAGAUCAUUGCAGAUCCCAACGCGCACUACGUUCUCUGGCUCGACGGAGUGUCCUCUUCUCACAUCAAUUCAUCAUUCGACUGGUCUCGUCACCUUCCUGCGAAUCUCCCCCUUACUCGGCACGAGCAUGAUAAGAUCCUCGACCUCCUGUUCAGCUUCUUUACAUCUUGGUGCCUCCGUGUCGUCCCGACUCUGUUUCUCCGCGACAUGUACCGGGCUAUUGCAUCAUCCGGAACAGUCAAGACACCCCACUACUCUCCAAUGCUGCAUAAUGCGCUGAUCGCUCUCGCUGCUGCAUUCUCUGACGAUCCGCGCAUCAACAGUUUCAAGACUCGGGAGCAAUACGCGAUGAAGGCGAAAUCGUACCUGGAAGAUGAGUGUGAGAGACCGAACAUUUGCGUCGUACAGGCUCUCAGCUUGCUUGGGAGUUUUCACUCGUCGAAUGGUGACCAGAAUCUGGGAUACCUGUAUUUCGGUAUGAGUACCAGGGUCGGCCAGAUUCUGGGCUUAGAAGUUGACUGCUCUAAGCUUGUGACGGCGGGUAAAAUCAGCCAUGAUGAUAUGCUUGACAGGAAUUGGGCUCACUGGACGGCCUUCAGUUUGGAUGUAUGCUGGUCCCUAUACGUCGGAAGAGACUGCUCCGUUCCCAUCCCAGCGCAUAUGGAAGAUAUACCUGUUCCUUUCGUCGAUUCGGCCUUUGAUCAGAUGACAUGGCAUCACCCUGGUGCCAACAUCCCGCCUCAGCCAAGCUUUCUGUCGAAGACUUUCGCAGCGACGUGCGAGCUCUGUGUGGUAGCUCGGCGUAUCAUGGAAGUUGUGAACCACCUAGGCACCCGUCAAGAUGUUGCCAAUCUCGAGUUGAUCAGUAAGAUGGAUCUUCAAUUGAACAGCUGGAAGUCGCAACUAUGUCCCGAAGUCGAUAUCACGCCGAGCAAUCGCAACCUUUCCACUCCGCAUCGCCUCAUGAUGCACCUUCUCUAUUGGUUGAUGUUUAUCCUCCUCCACAGGCCGUUCUUUAAUCGCAAGGGCCGGCCAGUCUAUAGCUCCGAACGCGAAAUUGAUCACAAGAAGCUGUGUAAGCGCGCUGCUGAGAACAUCCUCGCGAUCCUGCAGACCUGGCGAUCGCUCUAUACCCUUCGUUACGUCCCAGUGACGCUUUUUCAGGCUGUCUUCUCUGCUGGUACGGUGUUUCUUCUGCUGGGAGGGAACUCGUUGGUCAAGGUGGAGCUUUGCAUUCAAUACCUAAACGAGAUUGGCAAAUCAUGGAAGUGCGCUACCAACAUUGGCACCAUCUUACAACAGUUGUUGGAGGAUCAGGAGGGUGGGAAGGGUAAAGGAAAGGCAGCCGCAGAGGCUGUUGAUGAGGAGGCUCCGCGUUCCUCCUUGUUGCUGAAGCAGUAUACUCCUCCUUUGGGACCGCCUCCGAACUAUCUUCCCCCUUUGACGCCGCCUUUGAACGCCUUCCCCAACAUGGACUUCCUGUUACCGGUUCCUCUCACGGGAGGAGAGUUUGAUUCGAAUUUUUGGCAACAGCAGCUGAAUGAUCCCGCUGUGAUGAGCGAGAUAGCAAUGUUUCUGGACGAGAACCACUCUGGAGUGGUACUAUGACCGGUGGGUUAGUAGUAUGUGUUAUUGCCUUCAUUUAUUUUAUACUGUAUACAUGUUGUAAUUCCGCUGUACGCGAUAGUCCUGGUAUUGUAUCUGUUAUCUAUUCCUCGUAUCUUGUCAUCAUGUACUAUAUAAUACAUCACUUGUCUUCAUUGAGACCGAAGCCGGAUAUUUCACAGGCAUGGAAGCUCCACGUAGACCUAGGGGUCAGCAGACACGGACCGAGUUGUGAAUCACGAUGGGAGUCUAUUCAAAGACACUGUCGUCGAGAGAAACUCGGAAACUGGACUUGGAACAGCCGGGAUGGUGAUACAUUAGGCCGGCUGUUCAUGAUGGAGGUUGCGUUCCUUGGCUACGUGAUGCAAUAAUAGAAGCAGGAUUAAUUG